GCGGCGGUGUCCUGGGCUGCCGUGUGUGUCCUGCACCAUGGGCGAGGCGGACGGGCUGCGGCAGCGCCGGCCGCUGCGGCCGCAGGUGGUCACGGACGAGGGCCAGGCCCCGGAGGCCAAGGACGGCAGCUCCUUCAGCGGCAGAGUCUUCCGAGUGACCUUCCUCAUGCUGGCGGCUUCGCUCACCGUGCCCCUGCUUGGUGCCAUGAUGCUGUUGGAGUCUCCCAUAGAGCCGCAGCCUCUCAGCUACAAAGAACCCCCUUUCUUUCUUGGUGUUCUGCAACCAAAUACGAAGUUGCGACAGGCAGAGAGGCUCUUUGAAAACCAGCUUAUUGGGCCAGAGUCCAUUGCCAAUAUUGGGGAUGUGAUGUUUACAGGAACAGCUGAUGGCCGGGUCGUCAAACUGGAGAAUGGGGAAAUUCAGACCGUCGCCCGGUUUGGGUCAGGGCCUUGCAAAACCCGAGAUGACGAGCCUGCGUGUGGGCGGCCUCUGGGCAUCCGAGCUGGCCCCAAUGGGACUCUGUUUGUGGCUGAUGCUUACAAGGGGCUGUUUGAAGUGAAUCCUUGGAAACGCGAAGUGAAGCUCCUGCUGUCCCCCGAGAUGCCCAUCGAGGGCAAGAAGCUGUCGUUCAUCAAUGACCUGACCAUCACCCGAGACGGGAGGAAGAUUUACUUCACGGAUUCCAGCAGCAAGUGGCAGCGGCGAGAUUACCUGCUUCUGGUCAUGGAGGGCACCGAGGACGGGCGCCUGCUGGAGUACGACACCGUGACCAAGGAAGUGAGGGUUCUCCUGGACCAGCUGCGCUUCCCUAAUGGAGUCCAGCUCUCCCCGGCAGAGGACUUUGUGCUUGUGGCCGAGACGACCAUGGCGAGGAUACGAAGAGUCUACGUGUCUGGCCUGAUGAAGGGAGGGGCUGAGCUGUUCGUGGAGAACAUGCCUGGAUUUCCAGACAACAUCCGGCCCAGCAGCACUGGUGGUUACUGGGUAGCCAUGUCUAGCAUCCGCCCCAACCCGGGAUUUUCCAUGUUGGACUUCUUAGCCGAGAGACCCUACAUCAAGAGAAUGAUUUUUAAGCUGUUUAGCCUGGAGACGGUGAUGAAGUUUGUGCCGCGAUACAGCCUGGUCCUGGAGCUCAGCGACAGUGGGGCCUUCCGGAGAAGCCUGCACGACCCUGAUGGACUGGUGGCCACCUAUGUCAGUGAGGCUCAUGAGCAGGAUGGGCACCUGUACCUGGGUUCCUUCAGGUCCCCCUUCCUCUGCAGACUCAACCUCCAGGAUGCAUAGCCGGACAGUCCAGCCCUGCGUGCUGGGCGGCAUCCUGCCUGGACCAGCUGGAGCAGGGGACACAGCUCUGCCCACUGUACCUGCCAGUCCUUGGAGGUUUGGCUGGUGCAGCUCCCAAGGAUGUGUGGGCCCCCGAGGGCCUCCUCUCAUGGGGGCUUGGCUUUGGUUUCAGAGAGAAGCAUAAUGUAUCAGCCAGGGAAGGUAAAUCUGUGAGCCAUUUUCUGUUCUUUUUCUUAAAGCUUUCUAGGUGCAAUAACUGUGAGCUAGGAAUCAGUGUGCGCUUUAGCAGGCUCAGGGUUGGUAUAUGGAGCCAGAGGAGAGCUGCCCAGGACUGCAGUGUCUUCAUUAGGAAAUGGGGUGAUACCUUUGGGGGGGUGCACGGGGAGGCAGAGCCUAGGUGUGAGCAUUUUGGGAGCUGUGUGAGCUGUGUCCGUGGGGACCUUGUGGGGUGUGUGCCCAGGGUCCUACGUGUUCCCUCCACAGUAGAGUGAGCAUCACUGCCCCUUCCACCUGACACGCCAGAGAUUUUCAAGGCAUUUAACCCUGUGGUUAAGAUGCUGAGUGGGACAGCCACAUCCCGUAUUGUAGGGUCCGGGUUUGACUCCCAGCUCUGCUCCUAAAGUUAGUGUCUUGCUGACAUGCUACCCAGGAGUCAGCACCCAUGUGGCAGACCUGAUUCAAUCCUUGGCUCCUGCCUUCAGCCAGAACUGUGGAGGACAUUUGAAGCAGUGAAUCAGUAAAUAGAGGCACUCUGUUUUUCUCUCUGUGUGCCUCAAAUAAAAUAAAUAAAAAUGCGAGGAGACUCCAGAGUGGGUGCCUAGAAAAGGCUAAGUGGUCCUUGGCUCAGAUGUCUUACUGGGUUUUUGUCUAUAGGACUUAGGUGACCUGGGGACUCAGCAGCCGCUGCAGGAGUGUGUUCAGGGUGUCCCAUGUCUCCUCUCUGUUCUGCACCUCUAGACCACAGAUGUGAGUAGCACACACGUUAAUAUCCUGUUUGCUCUAAUGUUAAGAGUCCAAGUUGAUGUGUACCUUGACAAAUGCGUCCAGACACUGGAAUUGAGUUUGAUAAUAAAAAAUACUAUUAACAGGACUGCUCUGCUGAUGGACCUUUUAUGGUGAUGUGGCCGAGGAGUGUCACUCUGUCACCAGUUGUUGGUAGGAGGGUGUCUUGGGACUGCAGAGCUGUUGCGUUGAGAUGCGGCAGUCCUGUGAUGUGCUCGGGAAGGGAAAGCGUAGGAGCCCUCUCUCCCUGGGCAUCCGGCAUCUCCAGGGAAGCAGGGCCGAGGCUCCUGUCCUCGGCACUGACUCCUCCUCCGUAAGUGGACCCUACAUUCGACUCUUCCUUCCUGGAUGUUGGUGUUUUGAAGUGUUUGAAAUAAUCUGGCCAGUACGAUGUUUAUAGGUAGUAAAGAGAACUGUUAGCUAUGGUACGCUCAGAACUCCCUGUGUUGUCACAGCAGGCAGGCCAGCAGGCUUGAAGCUGGCUCGUCUUGGCUAGCUUGUAGCACCCUACAGCAGAGGCACAGGUUGGCUUUAUCCUGGUUGGUUAGGUGAGCAGCUGCUGGUGUUGUCGGUCCGUAAGGCAGCAAGCCGGGUAUUCACUGUAUGAAACCCUUUUCAAUAGCUAACGGUGAGCUGCCUAGCACAGUUAUACAAGAACAUUAAGUGUACACCUAAUCGUUUAAAAGUGCCGGGCCCGAAGGUUGACUUUUCAGUUCUGAACAGAGAGCUUUGGCUUUUAGCGCUCAUUCUCACCAGAGAAGCUGGGAAAUUGUCAUUCACAGUUUUCAGCGAAGGCGUCUCCACUUUGCCUCAGAUGUUGAUUUUGUCUGUACGUGUCAUUUCCUGUGUUUCAACUGGUAAAUCGGAGCAGUGAGGUGCAAACGAGAGUCUUCGCACUAGGGCUGUGUAUGUUUUUGCUCCAGUGUGAGUCACUAGCACACGUGACCCAUUGCCUACCACAUUCUCAUCACACACCUGCAGACGGAGGUCCACGUCCACUGACUUCUAAAUGAUGGAAGGAGGCACGGUCUCAUUGCAUGAUGGGAGCUGAGGCUCCAGAGCUGCCCCUCACACACAACUGAACCAAGACCCCGGUACCACGACUGAGGCUUCCCAGGCUUGUGGGCCCCAGCAGGGCUCUCUGGCCUUGGCCUGGGCUGCCCAGGUCCAAUAAGACCAAUGUGCUAGCCUUGAAAGCCACAGCCCAGGCCUGUGUGCACCCUCUCAGAAAUGCAUGGCGAAGGAGCUGGCACUAGCUAAUGGGGCAGGGAGCAAUGGCCUGCCUAGAGGAAGCUCUGGGCACUUGGGAGGUGUUCUGGUGGGGUUGUGACUGGUUUGGUUGAUUUGAGACCUUGGACCACAGUUCUUUCUGUCUGUGAUCAAGCUGUGUUAGAACCCAGAGCGCCCAGCUUGCAUUCCCUUUGUGACUGUUAUAAUAACCCGGAGUACACCCAGGCCUUGAGCACCAUCAGCAGCUUGCAACGACUU